AGAACACUAACUUGUGUCUGUUCCACUAUGGCCAUGAGACCCUACCUGUUCUUGCUUCUGCCUCUGCUCCUGCUGGCCUGUACAGCCCAGGCACUGAAGUGUCAUGAGUGCACCUCUGACAAGGGAACUUGCCUCAAGCCCACAACUUGUCAGGCUACUGCCCGCUAUUGCCUGACUACAUGGAACAGCAAGGAGAAAAUGCUAUGGGACGAUGAAGAAGGUCCCCCAGGACUGGUGACAAGAAUCAUAAAAUCAUGUGCCUACACUUGCCCUGGUGUCCAGGAAAGCCUGGCUUCUUCCAGGGCCUUCUGCUGCAACACAGACCUCUGCAAUAGUGUGGCCCAGCAUGGAGCCAGCUGGGGGCUGCUGGUCCUCAGCAUGUGGGUCGCCUACCUCAACAGGUAGCUGCAGGGUAAUCUCCACAAA